AGUUAGAACAUGUAGGCACUGAGUUGGUAGAAUUAGAGCAUGUAAAUGCUGAUUUAGAGAUGAUAGAAUCAGAGUAUUUAGAGGUAGAAUCUAGUAGUUAUGUAGCUAGCACAGAUGAUUCAAAUGUUAGUGAG